CCCACACCCACACACACUCACACUCACACUAGUAGUGCAUAUGCUUACAUAUACAUUCACUGCCACCAUAUAUAAACUCAUCAACGACUAAUAUAAAAAAAAAAAGUAUUCACCUCUCUCUCUCUCUCUCUCUCUCUCUCCCUCAACAGAAAAACACAAACACGUUCGAGCUCCUUACCUAAGAUUGUCCCUUCCCCUACAAACCUAAAAACCCUAAUAUUCUGUCGGUAUAGUAUGAAAUAACACGACAGAAGUAGAGAGAGAUGAUGAACAAUUUCUUCGAUCCACAAAGCCAAGAUUCUGUGGAGAGAAAGCUUCAAGACAAGGGCAAUACAACAAACUCUGCAACUCCAUUAAUGUCCAAACCCAGGAAAAACCCUAGCUCCGGCCUGAGAUUUCCGGGCGGGGAAGAAGAUGAUAUCGUGUCGAAGGUGGUGCCUCCGGUGACGGUGGUGCUCGAGGGCCGUUCGAUCUGCCAACGGGUGAGCCUCGACAAGCACGGAAGCUAUCAGAGCCUCGCUAGGGCUCUGAGGCAGAUGUUCGUGGACGACGGUGGAGAUUCUUCCGAAACGGACGAUCUCGAUUUAUCCAACGCCGUUCCGGGCCAUCUGAUCGCGUACGAGGACAUGGAGAACGAUCUUCUUCUAGCCGGUGAUCUUAGCUGGAAGGAUUUUGUACGGGUGGCGAAGAGAAUUCGUAUAUUGCCGGUGAAGGGGAAUACGAGGGGGGCGAGAGGACACGAGUAAUACUACUUAAAAAGACGGUUAUACCACCAUAUCUGAAGAUAUUUGUCCAUUGUUUGCGAAGGGUAUUACCGUAACUUCGUCGGAUCUCAGUUUUUUUUGUAGUAUCUUCCAAAGACGUGUGUUGCGUCUCCAUGGACUUUGUUUCGGUCAAAGCGAUGAUCGUUUCCUAUACAUACAUUGCAGUCUUGACUCGUAA